UCGAUAGGAGAAGAGGACCCCGAACAAACGCAACAUGUUUAACAAUUACGGCAACACGAUGGCGACGGAUCCGUUCCGGAAGGUGGAACAGUACUCACCGAAAUCGUCGCCCCGUGCUGGAGGGGCCGGGGGCCGAUCGCCCGUCGUCGCCCGUCAGGAUUCCUCCGGCACGUUAAAGACUACGAUCCAGCUAGGGAAAAACCCGUCGAUACUCCACAGUGGACCGUUUUACUUAAUGAAGGAACCACCGGGAGAAGGCGAACUAACAGGAGCCACGAAUCUGAUGGCACACUAUGGUUUAGAGCAUUCGUAUAGUAAAUUUAGUGGUAAAAAGGUUAAGGAACAGCUAUCAUCAUUUCUCCCGAAUUUACCUGGUGUCAUCGAUGGACCAGGACACCUCGAUAAUAGUUCUCUACGAAGUGUGAUCGAAAAACCACCGAUCGUGGGCAAAGAACUGCUUCCACUCACCAGCGUACAGCUCGCCGGAUUCCGUCUCCAUCCCGGACCGCUUCCGGAGCAGUACAAACACUUAAAAACGGCACCAACUAGAAAGCAUAAAAAUAAGCAUAAGAAACACAAACACAAGGAUGGCGUAGCGCCACCGGAACAGUCUGCCCUGGAAGCGGCCGGGCUCGAUACGCACGAGAAAAAGCACAAAAAACAAAAAAGACACGAAGACGACAAGGAGCGCAAAAAGCGGAAAAAGGAGAAAAAGCGCAAAAAACAGCGCCACAGUCCGGAGCAUAUGGGUGCGAGUGGUGGCGGUAGUGGUGGGGGCGGUGGUGGUGGUGGUACAGCAUCGUUACCACCGCAAACGCAGGUCUAUUAG